AUGGGCUACCAGCAGCUUUUACUUGCUUUACUAGGAUCUUUGGGCCUCUACUUGGCCUACAAGCUUGCGAAGGUCUUGUAUGAUCAAUGGACAUCACCAUUGCGCGCUCUUCCAGGUCCUCCUAGCUCCAGCUGGAUAUACGGGAACAUGAAAGAGAUAUAUGAAGCAGAGAACUCGGUAUUGCACGAGAAAUGGGUCGAGGAAUACGGUUCAACAAUCACGUACAAGGCUUAUUUUGGGAUGAAUAGGUUCUACACCACAGAUGUGAAGGCGGUUAAUCAUAUCCUCAUGAACGACUACAUAUACCAGAAGCCCGAGCAAACACGUUUCGCUCUCAGUCGGGUUUUAGGAAAUGGGGUGCUUGUGGUUGAAGAAGAUAAGCACAAGCAACAGAACCCUGCUUUCGGACCGGCCCAUAUCAGAGAACUGACAGAGAUAUUCGUCGACAAAGCUAUUGAGCUACGUGAUGUUUGGAAAAGGGAAAUAGACAGCCAAGGCGAAACCGGUCGUGUUGAAAUUCUUUCCUGGCUGAGUAAAAUGACACUUGACGUUAUCGGACAAGCCGGCUUCAACUACAAAUUUAACGCUUUGUCCAAUGCCAAAAGCGAAUUAAACGAUGCCUUUUCGAUUCUCUUCCAAUCCUCCACCAGGAUAAGCCUGUUAGGGUUAAUUAAGGUGUUCAUACCUGCUCUACGCUUUAUCCCAUCCGAGGGAGACGCCAAAGCCAAAGCUGCAAUGACGACAAUGAAGCGCGUAGCAAACGAGCUAUUGCGCGACAGCAAAAUGGGUCUCAUGGCGGAAGACAACAAUACCAAAAUGAAUAACAAAUCAUUGAAAGGACGAGACUUACUAUCGUUGUUGCUUCGGGCAAAUACUUCCAAAGAUCUCCCUGCUCAUCAACGCAUGUCGGACGAAGAUGUGAUGGCUCAGGUUCCUACGUUCCUUGUAGCGGGUCAUGAGACGACAAGUGUUGCAACAACGUGGGCGUUGUAUGCUCUCUGCUUGGAUAUUGGAAUCCAGGACAAGCUUCGUGAAGAGCUUCUCGCCGUUGGUACCGACAAUCCCACAAUGGAUGAGCUGAACUCUCUGCCAUAUCUCGAUGCAGUCGUAAGAGAAACUCUCCGAGUGCACUCUCCGGUGGGAUCCACUAUACGGGUUGCUGUUAAAGACGAUAUCAUUCCUCUUGGUAAGCCGGUUAGAGAUAGAAACGGAAAGCUUCUGGAUGGAAUACCAGUUCGUAAAGGGCAAAGUUUCCUUAUCCCUGUUCUUGCUUUGAAUCGCGAUAAAUCGAUAUGGGGUAGCGAUGCUGGGGAGUUCAAACCGGAGCGGUGGCAAAAUACCCCCCCAAGGGCUGGAUCAAUCCCUGGUGUUUGGGGGAACAUGAUGAGUUUCCUGGGCGGUCCUCGUGCAUGCAUAGGAUAUCGUUUCUCCCUGGUAGAAAUGAAGGCUCUGCUGUUCACUUUGAUCCGGGCUUUUGAGUUCGAGCUAGGUGUUCCCAAGGAAGACAUCAUCAAGAAAACCAGUCUAGUCCAGCGCCCACUUCUCAAGUCGGAUAUGGCUGCUGGAAACCAGAUGCCACUCAUCCUCAAGCCAGUCAGCCGCAUUUCAGAUUAA